AUGGGUAAAGAAAUCCCUGCUUCCAAGUUGGAUCUGGAGAUGUCGUCGAGCAGUGGAGCAGAGGAAACUCUUACCUCGCCAGCUGGACAGCAAGCAAAUGCUCCGGUAGCGACGACAACCAUGGACGCCAAGCUGACGGUGGCCACAGCCAGUGGCGAUGUCCAGCAGCUGAAGGAUCUGGUCAACAAGCAGGAAGAAGAUUCGACGAUGAUGGUGGUGGCGAUGGCGGGUUAUCCUCAUCCUCACAAGGGGAAUAUGGAUCCUCGCCUGCUAGCAUUGGCAUCCUCCGGCUCUCCUGAGGAACUGCAAACCCUUCUCAACGGGGAACACGGUCAAGCCUCUGGCUGCAGCGGCAACCACGGGAGCUUGCCAAUUCGGCGAGCUUCUGAUAAUGACACAGAAGCAAAUAAGUCGAUCUUGGAGGGGGUCACUGCAGAAGGUGACACUGCACUCCAUGUGGUGGCCGCAUGUGGUCAGGUCGAUGACUUCUUUACCCGCCGGUGGUGUUGGUUCCUAACCCGCUCUAAACGCCAUGCAUUGACCACCUAUGGCGACGGUGAUAAUUUCUUGCAGAGUGCUUGCAUCAUCUACGAGAAAGAGAAGCACCUCCUCUUUGUGCAAAACAACAAGGGCGACACCCCUCUCCACUGUGCUGCACGGGCCGGGAAAUCCAAAAUGGUCGCUCGCCUCAUUCAGCUCGCUGAAGGCGAGGAUAGGCUGAAGGAAUUUCUGCGGAAAGAAAACAAGCACAAGGAGACAGCCUUGAACGAGGCUGUUCGUGUUGGGAACAAGGACAUAGUCGUCCUGCUGAUGAUGAAGGACUCAGAAUUGGCCAGCUUUCCUGAAGAUGGCAGCGCAUCACCUAUGUACCUAGCCAUUGUGCUCAAACGGGAUGAAAUUGUGAAAACACUAUAUGAUAAGAGUAGUCAUGGAAUAAUGCUUUCCUUCUCCGGACCAAAUGGACAGAACGCAUUGCAUGCUGCCGUUCUCCGAUACCGAACCCGAGAUCUUGCGGAGUUGUUAAAAUGGAAUGAAACACACCUCUGCCCGCAAAAUAAGGACCUUGCCACACAAAGGGAUGAAAAUGGGAGUACGCCACUUCACUUUGCCGCAGCUAUAAAGCUUAUGAUUCAAUUUGGGCCAUCAAGAAUUUGUCGGCAAUUAUUGGAAGCUAAUCCAGAUGCCCUGUAUCAACCAGACCAUGCCGGAUUUUUCCCCAUUCACGUUGCUGCCUCUGUAGGUGCUUUCAGGAACGUUGACAUGUUUAUUAAAAAAUGCCCUGGUAGCGCCGGUCUGCGUGAUGCUAAGGGAAGGACAUUUCUUCAUGUUGCUGUUGAGAAAAAGAGUGUGAGCAUAAUCAGGGGUGCCUGCAGAAACCUAUCACUAUCAUGGAUUAUGAAUAUGGUAGACAAUGAUGGGAAUACUGCACUUCACCUUGCUGUCAAGGCUAAGAGCAUUCACAUGUUUUGUCCUCUAUUGGGGAACCCACAAGUAAACUUGAAUUUACCGAACAACAGAGGGGAGACUCCAUUGGAUAUUGCUCAAUAUAAUCUUCCCAAAACAGUAUUCUACAAUAUUCAAAGUAUUGAAGCACAAAUACACCUCACACUCACACAUGUCGGUGCUGUGAAGGGUAUCCAUCGCCAGGAUCACUUGCUGGAAGAUAACAUAACUCUGGGAGUAGUAAACGCAGCAUUUGAUGAAAGCAAAGAAACAGAGGUGCUGAAAGAGUCGACUGGAGCUCUGUGUAUUGGCUCAGUUCUAAUAGCAACCGUGACAUUUGGAGCAACUUUUGCUGUGCCUGGAGGUUACAUAGCUGAUGAUCACAGUAAUAAUGGAGGUACACCAGUACUUGCUCGAAGGCUCAAUAUGUUCUACUCCAACCGGAUUCUGUAA